AUGGAAAUGCAGCUGUUUGGAUAUUACCUGGUUUUACUGAACAUGAAGCAAGUCAUGGCAAGUUAUCCAGUUUGGUGGUCUUUGGCAGUUGGUCAUCAGUAUUCGACUCUGGCAACGCAGCCCAUACUGUGUGGAAGUAUCCCUGGCCUUGUUCCAAAGCAGCUCAGGUUUUGCCGGAACUACAUGGAAAUUAUGCCCAGUGUGGCACAAGGAGUGAAAAUCGGGAUUCAGGAAUGCCAGCAUCAAUUUCGAGGAAGGAGAUGGAACUGCACAACUGUUGAGGAUAAUCUGGCAAUCUUUGGACCUGUGUUGGAUAAAGCGACGAGGGAAUCGGCAUUUGUACACGCCAUCGCUUCUGCAGGGGUCGCCUUCGCCAUCACUCGCUCCUGCGCCGAGGGCACCGCAAACAUUUGCGGCUGUGACAGCCGCCACAAGGGCAAGCCGGGGGAAGGCUGGAAGUGGGGAGGCUGCAGUGAAGAUGUCGAGUUCGGGAGCAUGGUGUCCCGGGAGUUCGCGGAUGCUCGGGAAAACAGACCGGACGCGCGAUCUGCUAUGAAUCGGCACAAUAAUGAAGCUGGACGCAUGGCUAUUCUGGACCACAUGCAUCUGAAAUGCAAGUGUCACGGACUAUCAGGUAGCUGUGAGGUGAAGACUUGCUGGUGGUCGCAGCCUGACUUCCGGGUGAUAGGAGAUUACUUAAAAGACAAAUAUGACAGUGCCUCUGAGAUGAUCGUGGAGAAACACCAGGAAUCCAGGGGCUGGGUCGAGACCCUGAGCCCCAAGUAUGCCUUAUUCAAAGCUCCAACAGAGAGAGAUCUGAUCUACUAUGACUUGUCACCAAACUUCUGCAACCCCAAUCCCGAGACUGGCUCAUUUGGUACGCGGCACCGAAAGUGCAACAUCACAUCGCACGGAAUUGAUGGGUGUGAGCUGCUGUGCUGUGGCCGCGGAUUUGAUACGAGGACUGAGAAACGCAAAGAGAAGUGUCACUGCAUCUUCCACUGGUGCUGCCAUGUGAGCUGCCAAGAGUGCACACGCAUCUACGAUGUUCAUACCUGUAAGUAG